AUGAAGCUCUUGGAAGUAGUAACAAUAUUUUGUGAAGCUAAGAGAAGUAGUAAUGGAUUCAAGGAGAAGACUAGACAUUAUACUAUUGAUCAGUCAGUAGAUGGUAGCAAUGCACAACCAAUUGAGCCAGAACUGACAGCGAAACUUCUAGGUCGUGGAGUGGCGGUUUCUCCGAUUGUUACUGUCGAACCCCGGCGUCGUAAGUUCCACAAAGCAAUCACGCUGAGUAUGCCAGCGCCUAAAGCUCACAGCCAAGGAAUGAUAAAUCAAUAUUCCGGAAAUGCUCCCACACUGCGGCUCCUUUGCUCCAUAACAGGCGGACCAUCGAGAGCUCAGUGGGAAGACGUUACCGGUUCAACACCACUUACAUUUGUUAACGACUGCGUCUCAUUCACCACGACUGUGUCAGCACGAUUCUGGCUGAUGGAUUGCCGGAAUAUAUCAGAUGCAACUAAAAUGGCCACAGAACUAUACAGAGAGGCGAUCCACGUACCGUUUAUGGCGAAAUUCGUUGUUUUCGCAAAACGAGUAGAUGUCAACGAAGCACGAUUACGAGUCUUCUGCAUGACAGACGACAAAGAGGAUAAAACUCUGGAGCAACAAGAACAUUUCACGGAAGUCGCCAAGAGCCGUGACGUUGAAGUCCUUGAAGGAAAAUCACAAUACAUUGAAAUGGCUGGGAAUCUCGUACCCGUGACAAAAUCGGGUGACCAGCUUCAACUCACAUUUAGGGCUUUCCGUGAAAAUCGACUUCCAUUCAACGUUCGCGUCAAAGAUCAGCAUGCUGAUACAAUUGGCCGAACCUUAUUCAUGCGCGAACCGAAAGUAGCAAAGGGCGAACCUCCUCAGCAGCCAAUUUGCAUCCUGAAUAUCGUUCUACCGGAGAAAAUCAUUCCUGAUCUAAUUUCAGAUCUAUCUCGAAGCCGCGAACUACUAUCGCAUGGAGAUAACUACAACUAUUUAGGAGAUUUAAGGAUAGUUGACCUUUCAAAUCUUCUGGGAGAAGAUUGGGUGAGAUUAGCGCCUGAGAUUGGAUUUUCGCAGGAUGAAAUUAAUACAAUCAAAGCACAACAUCCAGCUAGUACUGCACAACAGGCUCAAGCUAUGAUUCAACAAUUUAAAAUGGUAAAACCGAAUGACCAAAAUAUUCUUGAGAAUGGCCUUAGAGUCAUAGGUCGAACUGACAUAACGGAGAAAUUCAUAAAAAUUACAAGUUACAUUGAAAGCAGCCGGCUAGAUCCAGCUCAGCGGAAACGAGUGAGUCUAGAAAACGGGUACGAUGAAGCAGAUAUCAUGAAAGAAUCGGAAUCUGUAGAGGAACUUGUACGGCAAGAAGAUCGUAGAAUCCAGCAGAUGCGGGAACGUGACGAACUCAAAUAUUCCGCUGAGGAAAAAAUCGUUGAGGACUCCGAAUCGGACGACGAAAAUGUUAGACGAAGUGUAGCAGAAAGAAGAGAAAAGAUUGUGAAGCGUCUUUCCAUAGAACGGCAAAUUCCAGCAUCGACUCAGAAAAAAGAAAUCGAUCAAGAAAUAACAGAAAUCAAACGGAAGAGUCUCAUCGAGGACAAGAAAGCGAUACACGAAGAAGAAAUAAUGCUUCAAAUGCCUACCGAUAAUAUUAUCAAAUCGGCGGUUGUGCCGGAUCAAAUAAGGAAACUAAAAACAAACAAGGUUGAGACUCCCGACGUUAGCAAGACCGAAUUUGACAAGGAAUUGCAGGAUAAAUUCAAAAAGACCGUUAAAUUAAUGGAUGAGGCGGACACAGAAGAUUUAAUCGAGGAAACCUCGAAAAUAGUUUAUGACAGCACUGUUACCGAGAAGGCCAUCAAAACCGAAUCCAUGAUUGUGAAAGAGGAACAAAUUCUUCCUACGACAAUAAUCGAAGAUGAAGUCAAAAUUCGAAAGGAAGACAUACCAAUCGAUGACAUUAUUUCGGGACAUUUCGAUGAAUUCAGAGAUAAGGCUAAAGAAAUUAGCCCCGAAAAAAUAUUUAAAGAAGAGACAAUAAAGACAAAAGAAACGAUAUCCACUACUAAAAGGCAAGAAUCUACUAAGGAAGAAGGAAUAGGAAAAGGUGAAACACCUAAGGAGUACGAGACCGUUAAAAUAGAAGAAACGAUUACAAGGGAAGAUGCACUUCUAAAAGAAGAGACGAUAAGAAAAGAGGAUACGAAGAAAAUAGAAGAGGCAACCAAAAUCGAGGAAGCUGUUAAGAAAGAAGAAUUAGCUAAACUAGAAGAAACCAUCAGAACUGGUGACGUUACUCACAUAAAAGAUGAACUUUCCAAAAAGGUAUCCGUUGAGAUAACUGAAGCUUCUAAACUUAUAGACGAAGAUCUUGAACAAAAGUUGUUGAAACAGAAAGAAAAAAUUGAUAAACAUCUGCAAGAAACUACAGAACAAAUUCAGAAAACAAGCGAGAUAAUCACAGUAGAAAGCGACAAACAUUUCGACGAAUUCGUACCGAAAAGUUAUUCAGAAAAACCCAGAGAGUCUCUCACUGAAGCAGAAUUUUACAAAUCCAUAGAGGAGACGAUAACUAAGAAAAUGAGCGAGGGAUUGAUCCAAAUAAGUGACGAUAUCUUAUCAUCUGCUUCAAAAGAAAUACCAGAAUCACAAACACCACCGCCAACGCCAAUCGAAACUCAAUCGCAUAGAGAUGGAAAAUAUGAGAGUCCUGAGUCAAUACCCGAGGAUUCAGCACUGUCCGGUCAAGAUGACGGUUCCACAAUAGACACAGAAGAGUUUCGUGAAUGUUUGGAUAGUAGGAAGAAGGAAGAAAACAGAACAAGGAACGUCGGUAUUUCGAAGCGUAGUGAAAAUCUCGACCAUGAUCGCAAACCUUUCAUGGCGUCCAGCGAGGACUUUGAAACUGAAAGCAUCCCGUCGGUGUCCGAGGAGAGCGACAUUCCAAAUAAGCAAUCACGUCAAAUGAUCGAAAAAAAUAAAAAGGACUUAAGUUUACAUCUAAAUCAAAACAAGGAUGGAACAAGUGAUUCAUCAACUGGAGAUAAGUUGAAAAGCUGUGGUACAUCGCCGUUUGCCUACACUGAAGCUAGUCCUGAGGAAUUUCAUAUCAGAAAUGAACUGCCGUCCUUAAAAUUAGUCAUCGGUAGAAAAGAACUGAAAACUAAGGAUGCUUCGGCAGUUACCGAGAGCCGCCUCACCCUCUACGGUCGCCAGGACGUUGAAAUAUCAAUUAGCUCUCAGUCUCGUAUUAGCGUUACCACCACAAACAAUGGCAAAGAUGGCAGUAAAACAACAAAACAAAUCAGAGAGCAUGUCUCGACUGAUUUCCAAGACGACCAGAAACGCUAUAAAAUCCAGAAAACAUCUGAACUUAUUGAAGAUGCCAAGGAACGAAAGCGCGAGGAAGUUAAUUUCGCAAAGAAAAAGUCUGUGCACCUCUAUGAAAGUGUAGAUUCAAACAGCGCAUCGCCAGCUUCUGAACGAAGUGUUUCACAUCAUAUAACCGAUACAGGAAUAUCUAUAACCCGGGGAUUCACAGAUACGGCUACAAGUCCAGGAGUGCACAGCUCGUCCGACAAUAUAAGCGAUAAACAGAACCUUGGCUUCAUCACAGACACAGCCCUAGAUGUUGAAAUUGAAGAAACUGAACUAACAGACGCGGGACUCAGUCCGAUUCAGCCUGACGAAAUGGAUAUGCAUCAGAUUCAUAUGCCACCUUCUGAAGAAGAAUCCAAAUAUUCAAAUCAAGGUACAAGCCCCGUGGAUUUUGAAGAAAUGGUUGAUACAUCCGAAGCUGGAACCAUUACAGACAAGGUUGAACUGAAGGAUGCCUCUUUAAGUCCAGUAGAAAUCCAAUCUACUGAAGACCAGCCGCUCAAAGAAAAAGUUAUCUUAAUAGAUGAUGAAAUCUUGAUGAAACGCAAGGGUUCUGGUGACGUUAGAGCUAAAGUUAGAAUUUUAGAAGAAAAUUCUAGAAAAUCGUCAGGAAUACAGGCGAAAGUACUGGAUAUAAAAGACGUCAAAGAAAUAAAGGAAGACAUCAAUGUUAAAAAAAUCCCUUUGAUUACAUCGGACAGUAGAAAACAGACGGAAGUUAAGCCAGAAGUCGAUAAUAUUGUAAGCGAACAUAUUCCGCCAAUCCAUGACAUAAUUUCGAAAAUUGAGCGUCAAAUAUCCCAAGGAUCACCAUCUCACAAACCUACUGUGAAACCCCCGGCUGACUACGCAGACAUUAAAGAAAUUGAAGAACAAAUAAUAGUUGAAAAAACUCCAGAAGAAAAGAUAUUAUCAUGCCUAAUAGGAACAGUCACGAGCCAGCAAGACCUUGAACGUGCGAAAGAACAUGCUGAGCAUAUGCAAGAACUUGGAGAACCAAUUUGCGAAAUUGUUUGCCAAAAAGUCAAAGUCUCUGAACUGAAAGAGCUGUUUGAAGAUGAAACACAUGCGGAACAACGCACGGGUAAUUUAGUAGACCCCAGAAAUGAUUUAGAGGAACCUCUUCCUGCAAAAGAACUCACCGCUUUUGCUACAGAAGACUAUGCUAGCGCGAAGUAUCGCUAUGAAAUGAAGGAACCCGACAGACCACCAACCUUUACUUCAACAAACCACUCCCAACCAACUGACAGAGAACCCAUCGUAGACGAUAGAUCAGUAGUUUCAGAAAUUUCCACUGAAGAAAAAUUACCUUUCUAUACCAAAAUCAUGAAACAAACACGAUCAGAUUUAGAUAGACAGCCGCAAGACCAUGUCAUUACACUAAUUUCAAAAACCGCAUCACAAAUAUCACGCACAUUCAUAGAAACUAAACUGAAAGAGGAACAAUCAAACGUCCGGGAAACCACCACGUACCAGUUAACGAAAACAGUUACCGACGAAACACAAACAACACCUAGUAUAGCAACUGACGCUCAAAGCACUGACCAAACCGAAGAUAUAAAACAUAUACCUGAUAGGAAACAAAUACUAACUGAUGAUGCAUACAACACACACUACUUCUGCGCGGAAAAGUCGACUGAAUACCACACUCCCCCCCCGGAAUAUCUACAACAGCCCAAGUCUCAUAUAGCUCCAACCACACCAUCUCUACAAGACAAGAACGAAGAUCACGACCGCAAAUUACCCACGCUAACAUCUGACACUUCCAAACUGGUAUCUCCUGUCCAAGACACCCAACAGCCUGAUGACAAGCAGCAACCUCAAUUGCCCAUAACCCACAAAGCAACUGUGUCCCCAACUGAAAGUAGAGAGCAAUCUCCAGAACCAGAACCCCACAAACCUUCAAUUACUUCUCAGUUUACUAGUGUUACUAAGACGACCGUGACGGAAAUUGUGCACCAUGCACAUGAUGUUUCUCGCAAGCCCCAAUCGGAGUCCCCUUCUUCAUCAAGAGAGUCAUCGCCUGAGCCUGAAUCUCAUAUCUCCAAGCCCGUGCUUCCCGAACAGACAGAGAAAGCCCCUGACGACCUAAAGAAAUUACCGUUGCCAUUACCAUUGCACCCAACUGAAAAGGAGCCCUCAUCUCCAGUUGAAAGUGACAAAGCAUCUCCAGAACCCCAGUCCAAGGCACCUUCACUCCUUUCUCAAAUGACCAGUGUCACUAAAACGACUGUCACAGAAAUUUUAAAGGAAACUGGUGAUCUUCCUUCUGAUGCUGUCAAGCCUACCGAAUUGGUGGAGGACAAGGAAAAACCUCAAGAUUCGGAGAAGCCAUCGCUUCCCGAAACCCGAAAACAAGUCCCAUCUCCAACUGAGACUAGGGAUGUUUUAUCGGAACCAGAGAAACAGCAGCCUGACUUCACCUCCGUUACAAAGACAACCGUCACACAGAUUGUACGCAAAACGGAGGGUGUUCCUGCUGACACUGAACGUCGGUCUCCAUCGCCAUCAAGGGAACCGUCACCAGAGCCUAAGUCUGAUGCAUUGAAACCCGUUUCACCUGUCCACGGGAAAGAACAGCCUGACGAGUUGAAGCCACUCCCAUUGGCCACAGGUCAUCCAGGAACUCCAUCCCCAACUAAGAGUAAGGAGCCAUCUCCAGAAAUCGAGCCCCACAAACUCCCAAGUAUUCCUCAAUCCACCCGUGACGCGGAACCACACCAUGUUCCUAGCAAGCCCGAACCGGUGUCUCCAUCUUUGACCAAGCAACCAGAACCUGAGCGUAAGCCUGAUACGUCCAAACUCGUGUCUCCUGUCCAAGACACCCAACAGCCUGAUGACAAGCAGCAACCUCAAUUGCCCAUAACCCACAAAGCAACUGUGUCCCCAACUGAAAGUAGAGAGCAAUCUCCAGAACCAGAACCCCACAAACCUUCAAUUACUUCUCAGUUUACUAGUGUUACUAAGACGACCGUGACGGAAAUUGUGCACCAUGCACAUGAUGUUUCUCGCAAGCCCCAAUCGGAGUCCCCAUCUUCAUCAAGAGAGUCAUCGCCUGAGCCUGAAUCUCAUAUCUCCAAGCCCAUGCUUCCCGAACAGACAGAGAAAGCCCCUGACGACGUAAAGAAAUUACCGUUGCCAUUACCAUUGCACCCAACUGAAAAGGAGCCCUCAUCUCCAGUUGAAAGUGACAAAGCAUCUCCAGAACCCCAGUCCAAGGCACCUUCACUCCUUUCUCAAAUGACCAGUGUCACUAAAACGACUGUCACAGAAAUUUUAAAGGAAACUGGUGAUCUUCCUUCUGAUCGCGAACCACAACCAAAAUCUGUGUCAAGAGAACCGUCACCUGAGCCUAAACUCCAUGCUGUCAAGCCUACCGAAUUGGUGGAGGACAAGGAAAAACCUCAAGAUUCGGAGAAGCCAUCGCUUCCCGAAACCCGAAAACAGGUCCCAUCUCCAACUGAGACUAGGGAUGUUUUAUCGGAACCAGAGAAGCAGCAGCCUGACUUCACCUCCGUUACAAAGACAACCGUCACACAGAUUGUACGCAAAACGGAGGGUGUUCCUGCUGACACUGAACGUCGGUCUCCAUCGCCAUCAAGGGAACCUUCACCAGAGCCUAAGUCUGAUGCAUUGAAACCCGUUUCACCUGUCCACGGGAAAGAACAGCCUGACGAGUUGAAACCACUCCCAUUGGCCCCAGGUCAUCCAGGAACUCCAUCCCCAACUAAGAGUAAGGAGCCAUCUCCAGAAAUCGAGCCCCACAAACUCCCAAGUAUUCCUCAAUCCACCCGUGACGCGGAACCACACCAUGUUCCUAGCAAGCCCGAACCGGUGUCUCCAUCUUUGACCAAGCAACCAGAACCUGAGCGUAAGCCUGAUACGUCCAAACUCGUGUCUCCUGUCCAAGACACCCAACAGCCUGAUGACAAGCAGCAACCUCAAUUGCCCAUAACCCACAAAGCAACUGUGUCCCCAACUGAAAGUAGAGAGCAAUCUCCAGAACCAGAACCCCACAAACCUUCAAUUACUUCUCAGUUUACUAGUGUUACUAAGACGACCGUGACGGAAAUUGUGCACCAUGCACAUGAUGUUUCUCGCAAGCCCCAAUCGGAGUCCCCAUCUUCAUCAAGAGAGUCAUCGCCUGAGCCUGAAUCUCAUAUCUCCAAGCCCGUGCUUCCCGAACAGGCAGAGAAAGCCCCUGACGACCUAAAGAAAUUACCGUUGCCAUUACCAUUGCACCCAACUGAAAAGGAGCCCUCAUCUCCAGUUGAAAGUGACAAAGCAUCUCCAGAACCCCAGUCCAAGGCACCUUCACUCCUUUCUCAAAUGACCAGUGUCACUAAAACGACUGUCACAGAAAUUUUAAAGGAAACUGGUGAUCUUCCUUCUGAUCGCGAACCACAACCAAAAUCUGUGUCAAGAGAACCGUCACCUGAGCCUAAACUCCAUGCUGUCAAGCCUACCGAAUUGGUGGAGGACAAGGAAAAACCUCAAGAUUCGGAGAAGCCAUCGCUUCCCGAAACCCGAAAACAAGUCCCAUCUCCAACUGAGACUAGGGAUGUUUUAUCGGAACCAGAGAAGCAGCAGCCUGACUUCACCUCCGUUACAAAGACAACCGUCACACAGAUUGUACGCAAAACGGAGGGUGUUCCUGCUGACACUGAACGUCGGUCUCCAUCGCCAUCAAGGGAACCUUCACCAGAGCCUAAGUCUGAUGCAUUGAAACCCGUUUCACCUGUCCACGGGAAAGAAGAGCCUGACGAUUUGAAACCACUCCCAUUGGCCCCAGGUCAUCCAGGAACUCCAUCCCCAACUAAGAGUAAGGAGCCAUCUCCAGAAAUCGAGCCCCACAAACUCCCAAGUAUUCCUCAAUCCACCCGUGACGCGGAACCACACCAUGUUCCUAGCAAGCCCGAACCGGUGUCUCCAUCUUUGACCAAGCAACCAGAACCUGAGCGUAAGCCUGAUACGUCCAAACUCGUGUCUCCUGUCCAAGACACCCAACAGCCUGAUGACAAGCAGCAACCUCAAUUGUCCAUAACCCACAAAGCAACUGUGUCCCCAACUGAAAGUAGAGAGCAAUCUCCAGAACCAGAACCCCACAAACCUUUAAUUACUUCUCAGUUUACUAGUGUUACUAAGACGACCGUGACGGAAAUUGUGCACCAUGCACAUGAUGGUUCUCGCAAGCCCCAAUCGGAGUCCCCAUCUUCAUCAAGAGAGUCAUCGCCUGAGCCUGAAUCUCAUAUCUCCAAGCCCGUGCUUCCCGAACAGACAGAGAAAGCCCCUGACGACCUAAAGAAAUUACCGUUGCCAUUACCAUUGCACCCAACUGAAAAGGAGCCCUCAUCUCCAGUUGAAAGUGACAAAGCAUCUCCAGAACCCCAGUCCAAGGCACCUUCACUCCUUUCUCAAAUGACCAGUGUCACUAAAACGACUGUCACAGAAAUUUUAAAGGAAACUGGUGAUCUUCCUUCUGAUCGCGAACCACAACCAAAAUCUGUGUCAAGAGAACCGUCACCUGAGCCUAAACUCCAUGCUGUCAAGCCUACCGAAUUGGUGGAGGACAAGGAAAAACCUCAAGAUUCGGAGAAGCCAUCGCUUCCCGAAACCCGAAAACAGGUCCCAUCUCCAACUGAGACUAGGGAUGUUUUAUCGGAACCAGAGAAGCAGCAGCCUGACUUCACCUCCGUUACAAAGACAACCGUCACACAGAUUGUACGCAAAACGGAGGGUGUUCCUGCUGACACUGAACGUCGGUCUCCAUCGCCAUCAAGGGAACCUUCACCAGAGCCUAAGUCUGAUGCAUUGAAACCCGUUUCACCUGUCCAUGGGAAAGAAGAGCCUGACGAUUUGAAACCACUCCCAUUGGCCCCAGGUUAUCCAGGAACUCCAUCCCCAACUAAGAGUAAGGAGCCAUCUCCAGAAAUCGAGCCCCACAAACUCCCAAGUAUUCCUCAAUCCACCCGUGACGCGGAACCACACCAUAUUCCUAGCAAGCCCGAACCGGUGUCUCCAUCUUUGACCAAACAACCAGAACCUGAGCGUAAGCCUGAUACGUCCAAAAUCGUGUCUCCUGUCCAAGGCACCCAACAGCCUGAUGACAAGCAGCAACCUCAAUUGCCCAUAACCCACAAAGCAACUGUGUCCCCAACUGAAAGUAGAGAGCAAUCUCCAGAACCAGAACCCCACAAACCUUCAAUUACUUCUCAGUUUACUAGUGUUACUAAGACGACCGUGACGGAAAUUGUGCACCAUGCACAUGAUGUUUCUCGCAAGCCCCAAUCGGAGUCCCCAUCUUCAUCAAGAGAGUCAUCGCCUGAGCCUGAAUCUCAUAUCUCCAAGCCCGUGCUUCCCGAACAGACAGAGAAAGCCCCUGACGACCUAAAGAAAUUACCGUUGCCAUUACCAUUGCACCCAACUGAAAAGGAGCCCUCAUCUCCAGUUGAAAGUGACAAAGCAUCUCCAGAAGCCCAGCCCAAGGCACCUUCACUCCUUUCUCAAGUGACCAGUGUCACUAAGACGACUGUCACAGAAAUUUUAAAGGAAACUGGUGAUCUUCCUUCUGAUCGCGAACCACAACCAAAAUCUGUGUCAAGAGAACCGUCACCUGAGCCUAAACUCCAUGCUGUCAAGCCUACCGAAUUGGUGGAGGACAAGGAAAAACCUCAAGAUUCGGAGAAACCAUCGCUUCCCGAAACCCGAAAACAAGUCCCAUCUCCAACUGAGACUAGGGAUGUUUUAUCGGAACCAGAGAAACAGCAGCCUGACUUCACCUCCGUUACCAAGACAACCGUCACACAGAUUGUACGCAAAACGGAGGGUGUUCCUGCUGACACUGAACGUCGGUCUCCAUCGCCAUCAAGGGAACCUUCACCAGAGCCUAAGUCUGAUGCAUUGAAACCCGUUUCACCUGUCCACGGGAAAGAACAGCCUGACGAGUUGAAGCCACUCCCAUUGGCCCCAGGUCAUCCAGGAACUCCAUCCCCAACUAAGAGUAAGGAGCCAUCUCCAGAAAUCGAGCCCCACAAACUCUCAAGUAUUCCUCAAUCCACCCGUGACGCGGAACCACACCAUGUUCCUAGCAAGCCCGAACCGGUGUCUCCAUCUUUGACCAAGCAACCAGAACCUGAGCGUAAGCCUGAUACGUCCAAACUCGUGUCUCCUGUCCAAGACACCCAACAGCCUGAUGACAAGCAGCAACCUCAAUUGCCCAUAACCCACAAAGCAACUGUGUCCCCAACUGAAAGUAGAGAGCAAUCUCCAGAACCAGAACCCCACAAACCUUCAAUUACUUCUCAGUUUACUAGUGUUACUAAGACGACCGUGACGGAAAUUGUGCACCAUGCACAUGAUGUUUCUCGCAAGCCCCAAUCGGAGUCCCCUUCUUCAUCAAGAGAGUCAUCGCCUGAGCCUGAAUCUCAUAUCUCCAAGCCCGUGCUUCCCGAACAGACAGAGAAAGCCCCUGACGACCUAAAGAAAUUACCGUUGCCAUUACCAUUGCACCCAACUGAAAAGGAGCCCUCAUCUCCAGUUGAAAGUGACAAAGCAUCUCCAGUUGAAAGUGACAAAGCAUCUCCAGAACCCCAGUCCAAGGCACCUUCACUCCUUUCUCAAAUGACCAGUGUCACUAAAACGACUGUCACAGAAAUUUUAAAGGAAACUGGUGAUCUUCCUUCUGAUCGCGAACCACAACCAAAAUCUGUGUCAAGAGAACCGUCACCUGAGCCUAAACUCCAUGCUGUCAAGCCUACCGAAUUGGUGGAGGACAAGGAAAAACCUCAAGAUUCGGAGAAGCCAUCGCUUCCCGAAACCCGAAAACAGGUCCCAUCUCCAACUGAGACUAGGGAUGUUUUAUCGGAACCAGAGAAGCAGCAGCCUGACUUCACCUCCGUUACAAAGACAACCGUCACACAGAUUGUACGCAAAACGGAGGGUGUUCCUGCUGACACUGAACGUCGGUCUCCAUCGCCAUCAAGGGAACCUUCACCAGAGCCUAAGUCUGAUGCAUUGAAACCCGUUUCACCUGUCCACGGGAAAGAAGAGCCUGACGAGUUGAAACCACUCCCAUUGGCCCCAGGUCAUCCAGGAACUCCAUCCCCAACUAAGAGUAAGGAGCCAUCUCCAGAAAUCGAGCCCCACAAACUCCCAAGUACUCCUCAAUCCACCCGUGACGCGGAACCACACCAUGUUCCUAGCAAGCCCGAACCGGUGUCUCCAUCUUUGACCAAGCAACCAGAACCUGAGCGUAAGCCUGAUACGUCCAAACUCGUGUCUCCUGUCCAAGACACCCAACAGCCUGAUGACAAGCAGCAACCUCAAUUGCCCAUAACCCACAAAGCAACUGUGUCCCCAACUGAAAGUAGAGAGCAAUCUCCAGAACCAGAACCCCACAAACCUUUAAUUACUUCUCAGUUUACUAGUGUUACUAAGACGACCGUGACGGAAAUUGUGCACCAUGCACAUGAUGGUUCUCGCAAGCCCCAAUCGGAGUCCCCAUCUUCAUCAAGAGAGUCAUCGCCUGAGCCUGAAUCUCAUAUCUCCAAGCCCGUGCUUCCCGAACAGACAGAGAAAGCCCCUGACGACCUAAAGAAAUUACCGUUGCCAUUACCAUUGCACCCAACUGAAAAGGAGCCCUCAUCUCCAGUUGAAAGUGACAAAGCAUCUCCAGAACCCCAGUCCAAGGCACCUUCACUCCUUUCUCAAAUGACCAGUGUCACUAAAACGACUGUCACAGAAAUUUUAAAGGAAACUGGUGAUCUUCCUUCUGAUCGCGAACCACAACCAAAAUCUGUGUCAAGAGAACCGUCACCUGAGCCUAAACUCCAUGCUGUCAAGCCUACCGAAUUGGUGGAGGACAAGGAAAAACCUCAAGAUUCGGAGAAGCCAUCGCUUCCCGAAACCCGAAAACAAGUCCCAUCUCCAACUGAGACUAGGGAUGUUUUAUCGGAACCAGAGAAGCAGCAGCCUGACUUCACCUCCGUUACAAAGACAACCGUCACACAGAUUGUACGCAAAACGGAGGGUGUUCCUGCUGACACUGAACGUCGGUCUCCAUCGCCAUCAAGGGAACCUUCACCAGAGCCUAAGUCUGAUGCAUUGAAACCCGUUUCACCUGUCCAUGGGAAAGAAGAGCCUGACGAUUUGAAGCCACUCCCAUUGGCCCCAGGUUAUCCAGGAACUCCAUCCCCAACUAAGAGUAAGGAGCCAUCUCCAGAAAUCGAGCCCCACAAACUCCCAAGUACUCCUCAAUCCACCCGUGACGCGGAACCACACCAUGUUCCUAGCAAGCCCGAACCGGUGUCUCCAUCUUUGACCAAGCAACCAGAACCUGAGCGUAAGCCUGAUACGUCCAAACUCGUGUCUCCUGUCCAAGACACCCAACAGCCUGAUGACAAGCAGCAACCUCAAUUGCCCAUAACCCACAAAGCAACUGUGUCCCCAACUGAAAGUAGAGAGCAAUCUCCAGAACCAGAACCCCACAAACCUUUAAUUACUUCUCAGUUUACUAGUGUUACUAAGACGACCGUGACGGAAAUUGUGCACCAUGCACAUGAUGGUUCUCGCAAGCCCCAAUCGGAGUCCCCAUCUUCAUCAAGAGAGUCAUCGCCUGAGCCUGAAUCUCAUAUCUCCAAGCCCGUGCUUCCCGAACAGACAGAGAAAGCCCCUGACGACCUAAAGAAAUUACCGUUGCCAUUACCAUUGCACCCAACUGAAAAGGAGCCCUCAUCUCCAGUUGAAAGUGACAAAGCAUCUCCAGAACCCCAGUCCAAGGCACCUUCACUCCUUUCUCAAAUGACCAGUGUCACUAAAACGACUGUCACAGAAAUUUUAAAGGAAACUGGUGAUCUUCCUUCUGAUCGCGAACCACAACCAAAAUCUGUGUCAAGAGAACCGUCACCUGAGCCUAAACUCCAUGCUGUCAAGCCUACCGAAUUGGUGGAGGACAAGGAAAAACCUCAAGAUUCGGAGAAGCCAUCGCUUCCCGAAACCCGAAAACAAGUCCCAUCUCCAACUGAGACUAGGGAUGUUUUAUCGGAACCAGAGAAGCAGCAGCCUGACUUCACCUCCGUUACAAAGACAACCGUCACACAGAUUGUACGCAAAACGGAGGGUGUUCCUGCUGACACUGAACGUCGGUCUCCAUCGCCAUCAAGGGAACCGACACCAGAGCCUAAGUCUGAUGCAUUGAAACCCGUUUCACCUGUCCAUGGGAAAGAAGAGCCUGACGAGUUGAAACCACUCCCAUUGGCCCCAGGUCAUCCAGGAACUCCAUCCCCAACUAAGAGUAAGGAGCCAUCUCCAGAAAUCGAGCCCCACAAACUCUCAAGUAUUCCUCAAUCCACCCGUGACGCGGAACCACACCAUGUUCCUAGCAAGCCCGAACCGGUGUCUCCAUCUUUGACCAAGGAACCAGAACCUGAGCGUAAGCCUGAUACGUCCAAACUCGUGUCUCCUGUCCAAGACACCCAACAGCCUGAUGACAAGCAGCAACCUCAAUUGCCCAUAACCCACAAAGCAACUGUGUCCCCAACUGAAAGUAGAGAGCAAUCUCCAGAACCAGAACCCCACAAACCUUCAAUUACUUCUCAGUUUACUAGUGUUACUAAGACGACCGUGACGGAAAUUGUGCACCAUGCACAUGAUGGUUCUCGCAAGCCCCAAUCGGAGUCCCCAUCUUCAUCAAGAGAGUCAUCGCCUGAGCCUGAAUCUCAUAUCUCCAAGCCCGUGCUUCCCGAACAGACAGAGAAAGCCCCUGACGACCUAAAGAAAUUACCGUUGCCAUUACCAUUGCACCCAACUGAAAAGGAGCCCUCAUCUCCAGUUGAAAGUGACAAAGCAUCUCCAGAACCCCAGUCCAAGGCACCUUCACUCCUUUCUCAAAUGACCAGUGUCACUAAAACGACUGUCACAGAAAUUUUAAAGGAAACUGGUGAUCUUCCUUCUGAUCGCGAACCACAACCAAAAUCUGUGUCAAGAGAACCGUCACCUGAGCCUAAACUCCAUGCUGUCAAGCCUACCGAAUUGGUGGAGGACAAGGAAAAACCUCAAGAUUCGGAGAAGCCAUCGCUUCCCGAAACCCGAAAACAAGUCCCAUCUCCAACUGAGACUAGGGAUGUUUUAUCGGAACCAGAGAAGCAGCAGCCUGACUUCACCUCCGUUACAAAGACAACCGUCACACAGAUUGUACGCAAAACGGAGGGUGUUCCUGCUGACACUGAACGUCGGUCUCCAUCGCCAUCAAGGGAACCUUCACCAGAGCCUAAGUCUGAUGCAUUGAAACCCGUUUCACCUGUCCAUGGGAAAGAAGAGCCUGACGAUUUGAAGCCACUCCCAUUGGCCCCAGGUUAUCCAGGAACUCCAUCCCCAACUAAGAGUAAGGAGCCAUCUCCAGAAAUCGAGCCCCACAAACUCCCAAGUAUUCCUCAAUCCACCCGUGACGCGGAACCACACCAUAUUCCUUGCAAGCCCGAACCGGUGUCUCCAUCUUUGACCAAACAACCAGAACCUGAGCGUAAGCCUGAUACGUCCAAAAUCGUGUCUCCUGUCCAAGGCACCCAACAGCCUGAUGACAAGCAGCAACCUCAAUUGCCCAUAACCCACAAAGCAACUGUGUCCCCAACUGAAAGUAGAGAGCAAUCUCCAGAACCAGAACCCCACAAACCUUCAAUUACUUCUCAGUUUACUAGUGUUACUAAGACGACCGUGACGGAAAUUGUGCACCAUGCACAUGAUGUUUCUCGCAAGCCCCAAUCGGAGUCCCCUUCUUCAUCAAGAGAGUCAUCGCCUGAGCCUGAAUUUCAUAUCUCCAAGCCCGUGCUUCCCGAACAGACAGAGAAAGCCCCUGACGACCUAAAGAAAUUACCGUUGCCAUUACCAUUGCACCCAACUGAAAAGGAGCCCUCAUCUCCAGUUGAAAGUGACAAAGCAUCUCCAGAACCCCAGUCCAAGGCACCUUCACUCCUUUCUCAAAUGACCAGUGUCACUAAAACGACUGUCACAGAAAUUUUAAAGGAAACUGGUGAUCUUCCUUCUGAUCGCGAACCACAACCAAAAUCUGUGUCAAGAGAACCGUCACCUGAGCCUAAACUCCAUGCUGUCAAGCCUACCGAAUUGGUGGAGGACAAGGAAAAACCUCAAGAUUCGGAGAAGCCAUCGCUUCCCGAAACCCGAAAACAAGUCCCAUCUCCAACUGAGACUAGGGAUGUUUUAUCGGAACCAGAGAAGCAGCAGCCUGACUUCACCUCCGUUACAAAGACAACCGUCACACAGAUUGUACGCAAAACGGAGGGUGUUCCUGCUGACACUGAACGUCGGUCUCCAUCGCCAUCAAGGGAACCGUCACCAGAGCCUAAGUGUGAUGCAUUGAAACCCGUUUCACCUGUCCAUGGGAAAGAAGAGCCUGACGAGUUGAAACCACUCCCAUUGGCCCCAGGUCAUCCAGGAACUCCAUCCCCAACUAAGAGUAAGGAGCCAUCUCCAGAAAUCGAGCCCCACAAACUCUCAAGUAUUCCUCAAUCCACCCGUGACGCGGAACCACACCAUGUUCCUAGCAAGCCCGAACCGGUGUCUCCAUCUUUGACCAAGCAACCAGAACCUGAGCGUAAGCCUGAUACGUCCAAACUCGUGUCUCCUGUCCAAGACACCCAACAGCCUGAUGACAAGCAGCAACCUCAAUUGCCCAUAACCCACAAAGCAACUGUGUCCCCAACUGAAAGUAGAGAGCAAUCUCCAGAACCAGAACCCCACAAACCUUCAAUUACUUCUCAGUUUACUAGUGUUACUAAGACGACCGUGACGGAAAUUGUGCACCAUGCACAUGAUGGUUCUCGCAAGCCCCAAUCGGAGUCCCCAUCUUCAUCAAGAGAGUCAUCGCCUGAGCCUGAAUCUCAUAUCUCCAAGCCCGUGCUUCCCGAACAGACAGAGAAAGCCCCUGACGACCUAAAGAAAUUACCGUUGCCAUUACCAUUGCACCCAACUGAAAAGGAGCCCUCAUCUCCAGUUGAAAGUGACAAAGCAUCUCCAGAACCCCAGUCCAAGGCACCUUCACUCCUUUCUCAAAUGACCAGUGUCACUAAAACGACUGUCACAGAAAUUUUAAAGGAAACUGGUGAUCUUCCUUCUGAUCGCGAACCACAACCAAAAUCUGUGUCAAGAGAACCGUCACCUGAGCCUAAACUCCAUGCUGUCAAGCCUACCGAAUUGGUGGAGGACAAGGAAAAACCUCAAGAUUCGGAGAAGCCAUCGCUUCCCGAAACCCGAAAACAAGUCCCAUCUCCAACUGAGACUAGGGAUGUUUUAUCGGAACCAGAGAAGCAGCAGCCUGACUUCACCUCCGUUACAAAGACAACCGUCACACAGAUUGUACGCAAAACGGAGGGUGUUCCUGCUGACACUGAACGUCGGUCUCCAUCGCCAUCAAGGGAACCUUCACCAGAGCCUAAGUCUGAUGCAUUGAAACCCGUUUCACCUGUCCAUGGGAAAGAAGAGCCUGACGAUUUGAAGCCACUCCCAUUGGCCCCAGGUUAUCCAGGAACUCCAUCCCCAACUAAGAGUAAGGAGCCAUCUCCAGAAAUCGAGCCCCACAAACUCCCAAGUAUUCCUCAAUCCACCCGUGACGCGGAACCACACCAUAUUCCUUGCAAGCCCGAACCGGUGUCUCCAUCUUUGACCAAACAGCCAGAACCUGAGCGUAAGCCUGAUACGUCCAAAAUCGUGUCUCCUGUCCAAGGCACCCAACAGCCUGAUGACAAGCAGCAACCUCAAUUGCCCAUAACCCACAAAGCAACUGUGUCCCCAACUGAAAGUAGAGAGCAAUCUCCAGAACCAGAACCCCACAAACCUUCAAUUACUUCUCAGUUUACUAGUGUUACUAAGACGACCGUGACGGAAAUUGUGCACCAUGCACAUGAUGUUUCUCGCAAGCCCCAAUCGGAGUCCCCAUCUUCAUCAAGAGAGUCAUCGCCUGAGCCUGAAUCUCAUAUCUCCGAGCCCGUGCUUCCCGAACAGACAGAGAAAGCCCCUGACGACCUAAAGAAAUUACCAUUGCACCCAACUGAAAAGGAGCCCUCAUCUCCAGUUGAAAGUGACAAAGCAUCUCCAGAACCCCAGUCCAAGGCACCUUCACUCCUUUCUCAAAUGACCAGUGUCACUAAAACGACUGUCACAGAAAUUUUAAAGGAAACUGGUGAUCUUCCUUCUGAUGCUGUCAAGCCUACCGAAUUGGUGGAGGACAAGGAAAAACCUCAAGAUUCGGAGAAGCCAUCGCUUCCCGAAACCCGAAAACAAGUCCCAUCUCCAACUGAGACUAGGGAUGUUUUAUCAGAACCAGAGAAGCAGCAGCCUGACUUCACCUCCGUUACAAAGACAACCGUCACACAGAUUGUACGCAAAACGGAGGGUGUUCCUGCUGACACUGAACGUCGGUCUCCAUCGCCAUCAAGGGAACCGUCACCAGAGCCUAAGUCUGAUGCAUUGAAACCCGUUUCACCUGUCCAUGGGAAAGAAGAGCCUGACGAGUCGAAACCACUCCCAUUGGCACCAGGUCAUCCAGGAACUCCAUCCCCAACUAAGAGCAAGGAGCCAUCUCCAGAAAUCGAGCCCCACAAACUCUCAAGUAUUCCUCAAUCCACCCGUGACGCGGAACCACACCAUGUUCCUAGCAAGCCCGAACCGGUGUCUCCAUCUUUGACCAAGCAACCAGAACCUGAGCGUAAGCCUGAUACGUCCAAACUCGUGUCUCCUGUCCAAGACACCCAACAGCCUGAUGACAAGCAGCAACCUCAAUUGCCCAUAACCCACAAAGCAACUGUGUCCCCAACUGAAAGUAGAGAGCAAUCUCCAGAACCAGAACCCCACAAACCUUCAAUUACUUCUCAGUUUACUAGUGUUACUAAGACGACCGUGACGGAAAUUGUGCACCAUGCACAUGAUGUUUCUCGCAAGCCCCAAUCGGAGUCCCCUUCUUCAUCAAGAGAGUCAUCGCCUGAGCCUGAAUCUCAUAUCUCCAAGCCCGUGCUUCCCGAACAGACAGAGAAAGCCGCUGACGACCUAAAGAAAUUACCAUUGCACCCAACUGAAAAGGAGCCCUCAUCUCCAGUUGAAAGUGACAAAGCAUCUCCAGAACCCCAGUCCAAGGCACCUUCACUCCUUUCUCAAGUGACCAGUGUCACUAAGACGACUGUCACAGAAAUUUUAAAGGAAACUGGUGAUCUUCCUUCUGAUCGCGAACCACAACCAAAAUCUGUGUCAAGAGAACCGUCACCUGAGCCUAAACUCCAUGCUGUCAAGCCUACCGAAUUGGUGGAGGACAAGGAAAAACCCCAAGAUUCGGAGAAGCCAUCGCUUCCCGAAACCCGAAAACAAGUCCCAUCUCCAACUGAGACUAGGGAUGUUUUAUCGGAACCAGAGAAGCAGCAGCCUGACUUCACCUCCGUUACAAAGACAACCGUCACACAGAUUGUACGUAAAACGGAGGGUGUUCCUGCUGACACUGAACGUCGGUCUCCAUCGUCAUCAAGGGAACCUUCACCAGAGCCUAAGUCUGAUGCAUUGAAACCCGUUUCACCUGUCCAUGGGAAAGAAGAGCCUGACGAUUUGAAGCCACUCCCAUUGGCCCCAGGUUAUCCAGGAACUCCAUCCCCAACUAAGAGUAAGGAGCCAUCUCCAGAAAUCGAGCCCCACAAACUCCCAAGUAUUCCUCAAUCCACCCGUGACGCGGAACCACACCAUAUUCCUAGCAAGCCCGAACCGGUGUCUCCAUCUUUGACCAAACAACCAGAACCUGAGCGUAAACCUGAUACGUCCAAACUCGUGUCUCCUGUCCAAGGCACCCAACAGCCUGAUGACAAGCAGCAACCUCAAUUGCCCAUAACCCACAAAGCAACUGUGUCCCCAACUGAAAGUAGAGAGCAAUCUCCAGAACCAGAACCCCACAAACCUUCAAUUACUUCUCAGUUUACUAGUGUUACUAAGACGACCGUGACGGAAAUUGUGCACCAUGCACAUGAUGUUUCUCGCAAGCCCCAAUCGGAGUCCCCAUCUUCAUCAAGAGAGUCAUCGCCUGAGCCUGAAUCUCAUAUCUCCAAGCCCGUGCUUCCCGAACAGACAGAGAAAGCCCCUGACGACCUAAAGAAAUUACCAUUGCACCCAACUGAAAAGGAGCCCUCAUCUCCAGUUGAAAGUGACAAAGCAUCUCCAGUUGAAAGUGACAAAGCAUCUCCAGAACCCCAGUCCAAGGCACCUUCACUCCUUUCUCAAAUGACCAGUGUCACUAAAACGACUGUCACAGAAAUUUUAAAGGAAACUGGUGAUCUUCCUUCUGAUCGCGAACCACAACCAAAAUCUGUGUCAAGAGAACCGUCACCUGAGCCUAAACUCCAUGCUGUCAAGCCUACCGAAUUGGUGGAGGACAAGGAAAAACCUCAAGAUUCGGAGAAGCCAUCGCUUCCCGAAACCCGAAAACAAGUCCCAUCUCCAACUGAGACUAGGGAUGUUUUAUCGGAACCAGAGAAGCAGCAGCCUGACUUCACCUCCGUUACAAAGACAACCGUCACACAGAUUGUACGCAAAACGGAGGGUGUUCCUGCUGACACUGAACGUCGGUCUCCAUCGCCAUCAAGGGAACCUUCACCAGAGCCUAAGUCUGAUGCAUUGAAACCCGUUUCACCUGUCCAUGGGAAAGAAGAGCCUGACGAUUUGAAGCCACUCCCAUUGGCCCCAGGUUAUCCAGGAACUCCAUCCCCAACUAAGAGUAAGGAGCCAUCUCCAGAAAUCGAGCCCCACAAACUCUCAAGUAUUCCUCAAUCCACCCGUGACGCGGAACCACACCAUGUUCCUAGCAAGCCCGAACCGGUGUCUCCAUCUUUGACCAAGCAACCAGAACCUGAGCGUAAGCCUGAUACGUCCAAACUCGUGUCUCCUGUCCAAGACACCCAACAGCCUGAUGACAAGCAGCAACCUCAAUUGCCCAUAACCCACAAAGCAACUGUGUCCCCAACUGAAAGUAGAGAGCAAUCUCCAGAACCAGAACCCCACAAACCUUCAAUUACUUCUCAGUUUACUAGUGUUACUAAGACGACCGUGACGGAAAUGGUGCACCAUGCACAUGAUGUUUCUCGCAAGCCCCAAUCGGAGUCCCCAUCUUCAUCAAGAGAGUCAUCGCCUGAGCCUGAAUCUCAUAUCUCCAAGCCCGUGCUUCCCGAACAGACAGAGAAAGCCCCUGACGACCUAAAGAAAUUACCGUUGCCAUUACCAUUGCACCCAACUGAAAAGGAGCCCUCAUCUCCAGUUGAAAGUGACAAAGGAUCUCCAGAACCCCAGUCCAAGGCACCUUCACUCCUUUCUCAAAUGACCAGUGUCACUAAAACGACUGUCACAGAAAUUUUAAAGGAAACUGGUGAUCUUCCUUCUGAUGCUGUCAAGCCUACCGAAUUGGUGGAGGACAAGGAAAAACCUCAAGAUUCGGAGAAGCCAUCGCUUCCCGAAACCCGAAAACAAGUCCCAUCUCCAACUGAGACUAGGGAUGUUUUAUCGGAACCAGAGAAGCAGCAGCCUGACUUCACCUCCGUUACAAAGACAACCGUCACACAGAUUGUACGCAAAACGGAGGGUGUUCCUGCUGACACUGAACGUCGGUCUCCAUCGCCGUCAAGGGAACCUUCACCAGAGCCUAAGUCUGAUGCAUUGAAACCCGUUUCACCUGUCCAUGGGAAAGAAGAGCCUGACGAUUUGAAGCCACUCCCAUUGGCCCCAGGUUAUCCAGGAACUCCAUCCCCAACUAAGAGUAAGGAGCCAUCUCCAGAAAUCGAGCCCCACAAACUCCCAAGUAUUCCUCAAUCCACCCGCGACGCGGAACCACACCAUAUUCCUAGCAAGCCCGAACCGGUGUCUCCAUCUUUGACCAAACAACCAGAACCUGAGCGUAAGCCUGAUACGUCCAAAAUCGUGUCUCCUGUCCAAGGCACCCAACAGCCUGAUGACAAGCAGCAACCUCAAUUGCCCAUAACCCACAAAGCAACUGUGUCCCCAACUGAAAGUAGAGAGCAAUCUCCAGAACCAGAACCCCACAAACCUUCAAUUACUUCUCAGUUUACUAGUGUUACUAAGACGACCGUGACGGAAAUUGUGCACCAUGCACAUGAUGUUUCUCGCAAGCCCCAAUCGGAGUCCCCAUCUUCAUCAAGAGAGUCAUCGCCUGAGCCUGAAUCUCAUAUCUCCAAGCCCGUGCUUCCCGAACAGACAGAGAAAGCCCCUGACGACCUAGAGAAAUUACCAUUGCACCCAACUGAAAAGGAGCCCUCAUCUCCAGUUGAAAGUGACAAAGCAUCUCCAGAACCCCAGUCCAAGGCACCUUCACUCCUUUCUCAAGUGACCAGUGUCACUAAGACGACUGUCACAGAAAUUUUAAAGGAAACUGGUGAUCUUCCUUCUGAUCGCGAACCACAACCAAAAUCUGUGUCAAGAGAACCGUCACCUGAGCCUAAACUCCAUGCUGUCAAGCCUACCGAAUUGGUGGAGGACAAGGAAAAACCUCAAGAUUCGGAGAAGCCAUCGCUUCCCGAAACCCGAAAACAAGUCCCAUCUCCAACUGAGACUAGGGAUGUUUUAUCGGAACCAGAAAAGCAGCAGCCUGACUUCACCUCCGUUACAAAGACAACCGUCACACAGAUUGUACGUAAAACGGAGGGUGUUCCUGCUGACACUGAACGUCGGUCUCCAUCGUCAUCAAGGGAACCGUCACCAGAGCCUAAGUCUGAUGCAUUGAAACCCGUUUCACCUGUCCAUGGGAAAGAAGAGCCUGACGAUUUGAAGCCACUCCCAUUGGCCCCAGGUUAUCCAGGAACUCCAUCCCCAACUAACAGUAAGGAGCCAUCUCCAGAAAUCGAGCCCCACAAACUCCCAAGUAUUCCUCAAUCCACCCGUGACGCGGAACCACACCAUAUUCCUAGCAAGCCCGAACCGGUGUCUCCAUCUUUGACCAAACAACCAGAACCUGAGCGUAAGCCUGAUACGUCCAAAAUCGUGUCUCCUGUCCAAGGCACCCAACAGCCUGAUGACAAGCAGCAACCUCAAUUGCCCAUAACCCACAAAGCAACUGUGUCCCCAACUGAAAGUAGAGAGCAAUCUCCACAACCAGAACCCCACAAACCUUCAAUUACUUCUCAGUUUACUAGUGUUACUAAGACGACCGUGACGGAAAUUGUGCACCAUGCACAUGAUGUUUCUCGCAAGCCCCAAUCGGAGUCCCCAUCUUCAUCAAGAGAGUCAUCGCCUGAGCCUGAAUCUCAUAUCUCCAAGCCCGUGCUUCCCGAACAGACAGAGAAAGCCCCUGACGACCUAAAGAAAUUACCGUUGCCAUUACCAUUGCACCCAACUGAAAAGGAGCCCUCAUCUCCAGUUGAAAGUGACAAAGCAUCUCCAGAACCCCAGUCCAAGGCACCUUCACUCCUUUCUCAAAUGACCAGUGUCACUAAAACGACUGUCACAGAAAUGUUAAAGGAAACUGGUGAUCUUCCUUCUGAUCGCGAACCACAACCAAAAUCUGUGUCAAGAGAACCGUCACCUGAGCCUAAACUCCAUGCUGUCAAGCCUACCGAAUUGGUGGAGGACAAGGAAAAACCUCAAGAUUCGGAGAAGCCAUCGCUUCCCGAAACCCGAAAACAAGUCCCAUCUCCAACUGAGACUAGGGAUGUUUUAUCGGAACCAGAGAAGCAGCAGCCUGACUUCACCUCCGUUACAAAGACAACCGUCACACAGAUUGUACGCAAAACGGAGGGUGUUCCUGCUGACACUGAACGUCGGUCUCCAUCGCCAUCAAGGGAACCUUCACCAGAGCCUAAAUCUGAUGCAUUGAAACCCGUUUCACCUGUCCAUGGGAAAGAAGAGCCUGACGAUUUGAAGCCACUCCCAUUGGCCCCAGGUUAUCCAGGAACUCCAUCCCCAACUAAGAGUAAGGAGCCAUCUCCAGAAAUCGAGCCCCACAAACUCCCAAGUAUUCCUCAAUCCACCCGUGACGCGGAACCACACCAUAUUCCUAGCAAGCCCGAACCGGUGUCUCCAUCUUUGACCAAGGAACCAGAACCUGAGCGUAAGCCUGAUACGUCCAAACUCGUGUCUCCUGUCCAAGACACCCAACAGCCUGAUGACAAGCAGCAACCUCAAUUGCCCAUAACCCACAAAGCAACUGUGUCCCCAGCUGAAAGUAGAGAGCAAUCUCCAGAACCAGAACCCCACAAACCUUCAAUUACUUCUCAGUUUACUAGUGUUACUAAGACGACCGUGACGGAAAUUGUGCACCAUGCACAUGAUGUUUCUCGCAAGCCCCAAUCGGAGUCCCCAUCUUCAUCAAGAGAGUCAUCGCCUGAGCCUGAAUCUCAUAUCUCCAAGCCCGUGCUUCCCGAACAGACAGAGAAAGCCCCUGACGACCUAAAGAAAUUACCGUUGCCAUUACCAUUGCACCCAACUGAAAAGGAGCCCUCAUCUCCAGUUGAAAGUGACAAAGCAUCUCCAGAACCCCAGUCCAAGGCACCUUCACUCCUUUCUCAAAUGACCAGUGUCACUAAAACGACUGUCACAGAAAUGUUAAAGGAAACUGGUGAUCUUCCUUCUGAUCGCGAACCACAACCAAAAUCUGUGUCAAGAGAACCGUCACCUGAGCCUAAACUCCAUGCUGUCAAGCCUACCGAAUUGGUGGAGGACAAGGAAAAACCUGAAGAUUCGGAGAAGCCAUCGCUUCCCGAAACCCGAAAACAAGUCCCAUCUCCAACUGAGACUAGGGAUGUUUUAUCGGAACCAGAGAAGCAGCAGCCUGACUUCACCUCCGUUACAAAGACAACCGUCACACAGAUUGUACGUAAAACGGAGGGUGUUCCUGCUAACACUGAACGUCGGUCUCCAUCGUCAUCAAGGGAACCUUCACCAGAGCCUAAGUCUGAUGCAUUGAAACCCGUUUCACCUGUCCAUGGGAAAGAAGAGCCUGGCGAUUUGAAGCCACUCCCAUUGGCCCCAGGUUAUCCAGGAACUCCAUCCCCAACUAAGAGUAAGGAGCCAUCUCCAGAAAUCGAGCCCCACAAACUCCCAAGUAUUCCUCAAUCCACCCGUGACGCGGAACCACACCAUAUUCCUAGCAAGCCCGAACCGGUGUCUCCAUCUUUGACCAAACAACCAGAACCUGAGCGUAAGCCUGAUACGUCCAAACUCGUGUCUCCUGUCCAAGACACCCAACAGCCUGAUGACAAGCAGCAACCUCAAUUGCCCAUAACCCACAAAGCAACUGUGUCCCCAACUGAAAGUAGAGAGCAAUCUCCAGAACCAGAACCUCACAAACCUUCAAUUACUUCUCAGUUUACUAGUGUUACUAAGACGACCGUGACGGAAAUUGUGCACCAUGCACAUGAUGUUUCUCGCAAGCCCCAAUCGGAGUCCCCAUCUUCAUCAAGAGAGUCAUCGCCUGAGCCUGAAUCUCAUAUCUCCAAGCCCGUGCUUCCCGAACAGACAGAGAAAGCCCCUGACGACCUAAAGAAAUUACCGUUGCCAUUACCAUUGCACCCAACUGAAAAGGAGCCCUCAUCUCCAUGCCACUAA